UUGUAAUUUGUUUGUGCGUCUGUGGAAGAAACGAUAAAUUAACGGUGAUACAAAAUAUUUUAUUUAAUAUUAUUUUACAAUAAAGCUAUUAAAUAAAAUACUUUCGCCAUACAAAAUGAUUACUUAGUGUAUACAUAACGUAUGACAUGGGGUACAAAAAGAGUGAUAUUAAUUAUUUAUAAGUUUACAAGUUUUACUCGUUUACGGUUGUGUCAUUACUUCAAGACAAGAAAAUCUAAUACGAAUACGAAAGUAACAAUGGAAAUGUUCAAUAAGCAUGGUAUGAAAGGCCCUACAAGAGCUGCCCCUGGAGUGCCAGGAGUAGCCGUGAACAGGUACUCUCCUGUCACAAAUUGGAAUGACGAUCCAUUUGGUGCUGAUGUCUUUGAGCCUACUCCUCAAUUCGGGCAAAAAAAGAAGCCCCCACCUCGGCCACCUCCACCGAAACUGACGAAACAGCCAGAAGUUCCGGCCAAACCAUCUCACUUUAUACGUAAACCGACUGUACUUACGUCUCUUCUAUCAAGAAAUAAGAAAACCACAGUGAAUCACCCAAGUGCAACAAACCAAACUUUUACAGAUUUAAGCAGUGAAGUGGACACUAGUAAAAUGUUUCCUAAAUGUGAACGUGUUAAUAUACAAAUGGGAACUUUGAUAGAUCUGUCGUCUCCGCCCAGUUCACCGACUUUUACAACCAGGUCCAGCAGUGAUGGUGUUAGCGUCGACAGUUUUGGUUCUGACGCUACAACUUCAACAAACCAUCAUAACUCAUUCAGUGGUGGUAAUGCCUCCCAAGCCGAGAGUGGAUUUGAAGAUGACUUUGAUCUCUUUCUGCAUUCAAGAAAACCAUUAACUAAGGAGGACACGUUAGAUGAUUUCUCUAUGGUUGAUCCAUUUUCUCCUCCAAUUUCAAAGCCCAGUAUACCUAAGAAACCAACGUUGAAUGCUGAUCCGUUUGAUACAAUAAGCAACACAAGUCAUUAUUCGGCAGCACCAUUGAAAGGUCCUACAAUAAUUCGCUCUAAACCGGCGAGGCCUAAACCACCAGAUAACACUGCUUUAUUAAAGAGUACAUUUGGAAGCAAUUUCCAAAUAACAUCAAUGAGUGUCAAUACAACAACACCCAUACAGAAAGUUACUAAUGGCUUUGCAGACAAUGUGGAUUCAAAACACUUUAGUUGGGAGCACGAAGAGUCAACAGAGCGAGAGUCAACUCCACCCAUGCCAAGCAUACCUCCACCUCCUCCACCAGAGAUUGUGGACGAUGAUCUACCAGUGGUGUGGCCGGAGGACCAAGAGUUUGAAUUGCCAGACACAUCAGAUGACUAUGAAGAGCCAUAUGCGAUUGCAUUGUUCGACUAUUUUUCAAACCUUCCCGGUGAUUUAUGUUUUAAUGCGAAUUCCAAGAUUCAUCUGCUAAGGCGAGAGAACGACGAAUGGAUGUACGGCAGGAUACGCCGAGGCCUGCAACAGGAGGAAGGCCUCUUCCCGUCGAACUACGUCGAAGUCAAGGUCCCGCUUCCCAACGAGAGGCCCGCGCAUAUCGGCCUCGCGACGGCCUUGUACGACUUCGCGCCGGUGCAGCCAGGUGAUUUACGUUUCAGUAUAGGUGACAAGAUCACUGUGCUGUCCAAAAUCAACCAGGAAUGGUAUUACGGUGAAUGCAACGGCUCGAAGGGACAGUUCCCAGUCAAUUACGUCCAAAUGAGUUAGUCUUUAGCUGUUAAUAGGAGAAUAAUUUAGCAGAAUUUCCUUUAUACUCUAUCGUUGUAUAUCUUCCGUGCGUGUAUAGUGUUUUUCGGAUAGCAUGGGUACGGUGAGUGUUCGUUUUACUCUUGAGAGUUUACCGCGAUUCACGAUAAUAUUAUGAACGUCAUAAGGCAACUGUCGCCGUACCCAUGCUAUCUGAGAAACACUUUAGUGUAACGUACGUGUGUUCCUUGUGAAAUUUGUUCAAGGUUAUACAUAGGUCAUUAGACAGCUUACACACUAUCCGUUAACUACACUACUCCACAAAACGAAUCAUAGUUUUGUGGAGUAGUGAACCUAAAACUAAACUAGUGUACAACAUGUAAAACUAAAGUUAAGUGUUUGGGGGAAAGAUUAUAUCGCAAUAAACCUUUUUAAAGCUCUUUUUAGAGAAGAAACUACUCGUUAUGUAACAAAAUAAUAUGGGCAAUUACGUAACUCGAUCGGAACCGUUUGACAGCAAAUCGGCUAGUUGACACUCUUUUUUAAUGGUAUUAUUUAGUUCCUUAUCGUAAGAUAAGGUAAGAUUGAAAAUAAAAUUUUCUUAAUUUUUUGAGACGUGAGUACAUGAAAAUUUUAGUUAUUAAAUAUGUUUUUGACAAUACCAACCAAAACUCCUGUCGGCCAUGACAGUCUAUAUUUCAACAGUUUCGUGACGUCACUAUAAUAAAUCCCUUACAAACGGAGCGUUUGACAAAUAUAUUAGUUAACAAUUAGUUUGAUGUUUAGCACAUCAAGUAACAUUGUGACGUCACAAAAUGAACAGCGUUUUAAACGUGUGGAAAAUUAGGAAAAAUACAUGAUUUUUAAAUUAAGUUUUAUAAGAAAUCCUUAACUAUUAUUAAUUAAUAUCGAUAUAUUUGGACCCUUAUUUCAUGUACUAUGCGAAAUUAAUAUUGUUUUGUAUAUUAAAUUUGAUAUGAGUCAACUACCCUAUUAUCUUUGUAAAACGGACAGGUUUAGGAAUUUGACAUUGAUUUAAUACAUUUUAUAUAUGGAGCUGUAAAUGCUAGCGAGCUGAUCCUAUUGAGUUACGCAAUCAGUCAUAUCAACAUACUCGUAUAUACGACUGUAACAAAAUAAAUAUCUUUAUGAAAUCGUCCAGUAAUAUAUGUAAUUUGUAAGAUGUGAUAUGAUGUGGGACUAGCACCAAGACUGAGUGUUUUGUACUUUUCUAUCACAUUCUAGGUGUUCUUAUUAACAAUAUCGCCGUGUAAGCGUUUUUUUUUUUAAAUCAUGCUAUAACCCUUGUGUGCAAUAACUGUAAGGGCCGGUUCAUAUAUGGCGAAGCGUGGCGACGCGCAUUUGUUACUAUCAAACUAUCUCGUAUCCUGAUAUUUUUAAACUAUACUAAAGAUGAAUAUUAAUCAACACGUCAUGAAAUCCCCGAGUAGCGAGUAGAGCAUAUGUGUAAAUUAAUUUGCGACUAUUUCAACGUCCAACAAUGACAAUACCAGCACUCUAAUUCACUAACUUUGACGUAAGUUAGUUGACAUAUACGAAAUUGAGAUUGUAAAAAAAAUGUCAUCCGGUGCCUACUGGCAACUCUUCGUGGAUAUCAUACAGUAGGUAGAUGACAUUUCUCAGUUCGAAAUCGAGAUUUUAAGUAACAAAUGUCAUCCAGUGCUUACUGACAACUCUUUGUGGAUAUCAUUCAGUGUGUAGAUGAAAUUUCUUAGUUCGAAAUUACGAUUCUAUGUAGCAAAUGUCAUCCAGUGCUUACUGACAACCCUUCGUGGAUAUCAUACAGUAGGUGACAUUUCGUAAUGUUUUUGAUGUUUAUUUUAAUAGGUUGAUAUUAAAGACCAAAUUAGUGAAUAGGCCAGCUGGUGAUAUCAACACUUUAAUUCGCUACGCCUCGCCAUAUAUGCACAGGCACUAAGAGGUGUAUAAUUUUGUGUAAAAAUAUAAUCUAUCGGUAAGCGAUUAUACGAUACUCCGCCAAAUUGGUUGGUUCUUUUAUAUGUAUACCUAUAUGAAAAAUAUUGAAAACAAUUGCAUAUAUGUAUAUCUGUAUUAUUUUAACUUGAAAUGCCCUUUCGGCGUCUGCUACAUACAAUUUAAACGUCUUCAAGGCAAGAGUGACUUGCCUUGACUUGAAGUAUAAGCAUGACCCAUUUUAGACCUCAACAUUAUUUUCUAUGAGCCAUGAUUGUAUAGCUUGGCAACUUCGUUCAUAACACUCCCGAUGGUCCGCGCGGGCCGGGGGGCGUGUAGCGAUGAAUGAAAAGCCCACGACUUCCCCGGACGCACAAUUUCACACCCGCUCAGUCUUUCCCCCCGUCGCCCGCAUAUCAUGGGAGUGUCAUCGAUGAACUCACCAGACUAUAGAGUCAAACGUCAGCCUAUUGGCCAUACAAAAAUAAGAUAAAAUAAAAUAGAUGAUGUAUUAAAAGCCUCCAUUUUAUGUUUAAUGGGUUUGCCAUAAUAAAUGUAAGUAAUCUAAAAUAGCUUUAUUACCAUUUGACCUUAACGACCGACCGGCAACAGGCGAAAAUGUUUUUUUGUAAUAAAACUUAACGGUAAUUAAUGUAUUGUAUGACAUAAUUAGUGUAAAUAAAUAACAUAGUUUCUUAAGAAAAUAUCACGUGUCUCAAUCGGUGAAGGAAAACAUCGUGAGGAAACCUGCAUACCAGAGAAUUUCUUAAUUCUCUGCGUGUAUGAAGUCUGCCAAUCCGCAUUGGGCCAGCGUGGUGGACUAUUGGCCUAACCCCUCUCAUUCUGAGGAGACUCGAGCUCAGCAGUGAGCCGUAUAUGGGUUGAUAACGUAAAUAACAUAUUAUUUUUAUUAUGCAUAACAUAGUCAUAGUAAUUAAAACGCCUUAUGAUAUUAUUAUUACUUUUCUUCGUAAUGGUUGUGUGAUGCACGAGAGAUCUGAUUAUGUGUAAAUUUUAUUACUUUUUUAUUUUUGUACAUAAAUAAAAAAAUUUGUAAUAUUUCUCGCGAAGUUUUUUCGGGUGCAUGCCUAAUGUUUCGCAUAUUUUGGUUUUUUUUUUCUAUAAAAUAUGUGUACAACUCGUCAACUUUCUAGAAGACAGGUCUAAAUGUGCAAGAUCUAAGUAUUUUAUCUAUCUAAAAACAGGUCUUAAUGUGUAAGACCUAAGUACUAUACCUACUACUGAAAAUAUUACUCACAUAGAUGCUAUAGAUAGUUGUAAAGACGGUUUUGUGAUAUACAUAAACUUAUUAUAAAACAACUAUUAAAAUCGAAAUUAUAUUUGGAAUCGAGUGCUAUUUAGAGAAACUAAAAAUUAAAUCGUCUUAUUACUAUCUCAUCUUUUGUUGAGGAUUAUGAUAGGCGUCCACAUAUCCGCAUCGUACGAAUUGGACGCAUCGCAUCAAACGGAUUUUUAAUUUUACCGUAGAUUCGUGCGAUUCGUGUGACUUUCUAUACAAACAUAGGUGUACCCUAUAAACCCUAUAAUUUUGGGCUACUGAUUUCAAAUUCUAUGAUGGACGGCAAAAUACAAAAUAUAGAACGAAAAAUCACAGCGUCCACAAAAAUUGUAAUCGUCUAUACUGAGUGUCGAGUGUCGACUCUACUCAGCGGUAUGACAAGCCAGGCCCAUUCUAGGAAACAAUUCUAGAUACGCCAAUGUAUACAAAGAAUACUAGCGUUUAAUGCGAUGCGUCCGAUACGUACGAUACGGAUAUGUGAACGAUUACCAUUAAGUUAAUUGAUUGAUUAUCAAAAUGUAAGGAAAAUCAUCUAUGUAUGAAAAGGUGUCAGGUGAAAUGGCAAUCUUGUCGGAUUUAAAUCGAUUUCUCAUUUGCAAGCGGACAUUUUUUUUAAUGUACCUUCAAGAGACUCGCUAUACGAGAGUGUAUUCAGGAGAAUUACCUAUGUUUAGCAGUUAAAAAAUAAUACCUACGUCAAAAUAACAGCUAACAUUUUAUCAACAUACGCGUUUAAAGGACUGUAUUUGUUUUUUUUUUUCGGUCUAUAAAAAUCAAAAUUUUUUUUAAUAGGUAAUAAUGUAAAAAAAUAUGAUCCUUGAUGUAAAAAGUAAGAUGUUUUUGUCUUAAAUACAGCCAAAGGCUUCUAUUUUGUUAAUUUAUUUUCCAAUUAUCUGUAAAAAUAUAUGUUUAAUGAAAUUAUGUGCGUAUUUUUAUGAGUUUUGUAUGUGUCAUUUAUUUGUAAGUUUUUUUUUUAUUUUGGUGGGACCAUAAUAUUAAGUGCCUUAAGUAUUCUGAUCGUAUAAAUAAUAUUAAUGUCUAUAGUACGUCAACUUAUUUAUAAUAAAAAAUUAACAAUAAAAA